AUGCCCCAGCAGUCCGAAGCCAAAUAUCUCGUUGAGCUGACCGAAGUCCCUGCCGGCUGGCCCCUGGCGACAGUCAUCGACGCCCUCGGCGAUGUAGUAGGUCCUUCAGAGCGAGCUCGCGAGGCGCUGAGCGGGCGGCUGGUGGAGCUCUGGGCCGCGCAGCCGGCGGAGGCCGAGGCCUGGCUUGAGCGCUUCGGAGAGCUGAAGACGGCGACGAGGCAGGAGCGGCUCUGCGAGGCGCUGCUCCGCCACGGGGCGGCCGAGUGUGGGAAGUACAAGGGCGGCCCCUGGUACUUCUCCGAGGCGGGGCUCCUUCGAGGCAAGCUCCGCCCAGCAGCGGAGCGGGAGGCGGCGGCGGCUUGGUACCUGCAGAAGCCCCACACCCGGGAUCGCUGCCGGGAGCUCGCGGAGCGGCUCGUGUCGGCUGAGAUGAGCCUGGAGACUGCGCGAAAGCGGCAGAAGCUCGAGGAGGAGACCUCCGAGCGCCGCCGCCUCGAAGCAGAGCUCCAAACAUCGCAGGAGGAGGGCCGAGAGCUGCGCAAUCGCCUGGCCGCGGCGGAGGCGGAGGUGUCCAGCAAGGAUGCGGAGCUCCGAACUGCUGCAGCUGCCCAGACCGCGGCGGCAGGGAUGCAGAAGGAGCUCCGGCAGUUGCAGGAGCAUGGCAAGUGCCAGGAGCAUUGCGAGGAGCUGGUAAAUCGUUUGGAGGCAGAAGCAGCUGAGCAUGCCGCGACGAAGGAGCGUCUCUUGCAGGCCGAAUCCGAUGCUGCCGAAAGGAGGGCGGAGGUGCAGCGGCUGCAAGAGGAGAGUCGCGGGUUGCAGGAGCGCUGCCAGCAGGCAGAGGUGGCCCGCUCGGUUUUGACAGAAGUGCCGGGUAGCAACGCCGAGCUGCAGCUCGAGAAGGAGAAAGCAGUUUUGCAAGACCGCUCUGAGCAGCUUCGGAACCAGCUUACCAAAGCAGAGGCCGAGAGAUCGGCAAUGCUCGGUCAGCUUUUGGAUCUGCGGGAAGAGAGGGGCAUGCACAAGGAGCGCAUUCGCGAGCUGGAGAGGCAUCUGCUUCAGGCGCAGAAGAAAUUGCAUUAUCUCAACUCUGGUCACGCCCUGCAUUGCGAAGCUCCUGUCGACGAAGCCUCCGACAGCCAGGAGCCAGAUCUUGCUGAGCAGCUGGGUUACAGCAUCGUCGUGGAUGACGAUGGGACAGCGUCUUCGGUCUUGAGCAACUCCUCGUGGUUCUCAGUGAAGCCGGACUCUCUGACACCCCAGUGCUUCAUGGUCGAUGCCAUCUUCAAGACGCGGAGCUUCGGGGCGGACUUCUUCUUGAUGGGGAGAGACCUCAAGAAAGGUUCACAGGUGGUGGCCGGAGAUGACGCAUCUAUCCUGGAGGUGGCGAAGACGCCGGAAAUCUGCGAUGCCAGCGAGGUUGUGGAGUUGCAUGCAGGUGCUGCAACGUUGCGGGUGACUCCGGACCACUUGGUGCAGGUCGCUGAUGCAAAGGGGGAGGCCGAAGAGGGCCUCUACCUUGCAGCAGGCAAGCUGAAGGCGGGCGACCUGGUGAUGCUCGACUCUGGCGAGCCGGUGGCGUUGAGCAGCGUCGUGAUUCGGCGCAUGGCUUGCCAGGUGCUGAAGAUCGUCUUUGAGCCCUACUUGCCCGUGGCCGUCUUCUCCCGUCCGACCUGCAUCCUCAGCUUGGGCCACAAGAAGAAGCCGCCCAUUCGUCGUGGCGGAAGGAGCCAGGGAGGCCCGGGCCCCUCGGAUGACAGCAUGGACGGCGGCGUUUCUGUCCCGAUCACGGCGGGUGACUACAUGGACUAG